UGUCGCCGCCGCCCACCAACCGGCCCCCCGGGUUCCCUCAGCCCAGCCUGGUCCAGCCCGGUUCCCGGGAGGAUGAAGUUCGUGUACAAAGAAGAGCAUCCGUUCGAGAAGCGCCGCUCUGAGGGCGAGAAGAUCCGAAAGAAAUACCCGGACCGCGUGCCGGUGAUAGAAGAGGCUCCCAAAGCUCGGAUAGGAGACCUGGACAAAAAGAAAUACCUGGUGCCUUCUGAUCUCACAGUUGGUCAGUUCUGCUUCUUGAUCCGGAAGCGAAUUCAUCUCCGAGCUGAGGAUGCCUUGUUUUUCUUUGUCAACAAUGUCAUUCCACCCACCAGUGCCACAGUGGGUCAACUUUACUAGGAACACCAUGAAGAAGACUUCUUUCUGUACAUUGCUUAUAGUGACGAAAGUGCCUACGGUCCGUGAAGCCGCUGCCCCUGAGCUGGAGGGGGCUCUCAUUCUACAAAGAGAGAGGUGGCCUCCCUUUCUUGACUUCCUCCUCCUUCAAGCUCAAAUACCACCUCCCUUAUUCAGGACCGGCACUUCUUAACUUUUGAGGCUUUCUCUCCAGCCUCUCUUAGGAGGGGUAAUGGUGGAGCUGGCAUCUUCUACCUCUCCCUUCUCCUUUCUUCCCCUUUCUCUGCCCACCUUUCCCAUUCUGCUUUAGACUCUUGAUUGUCAGUCUCUGUCACAUCUAGUGAUUGUUUUGGUUUCUGUUCCCUUUCUGACUGCCCAAGGGGCUCAGAACCCCAGCAAUAUCUUCCUUUCACUAUCUUCUUUUUUGGGGGUAGUUGGAAGGGACUGAAAUUGUCGGGGGAAGGUAGGAGGCACAUCAAUAAAGAAGCAACCACCAAGCUG